AUGGACCAAAGUUCUGCACCUCUGUCUGAUCUUUUCAGUGACAAGGAUUCUAUGUGCCUCUCCGCAACACAAAUCGUGGACUCUGUUUUCACCACAUUGCCUUUAAACUUAGAAAUCAUAACUGAAAUGUCAGAGACAGCAAAAGACAUGGAGUCACCCAUGAUUUCUUUGAGGAACACGACUGAAGUCACUGUGUUUAUCCUGACUGGUUUCACAGAUGAUUUUCACCUGCAAGUCUUCCUGUUUUCCCUAUUCCUGGCAGUCUAUCUCUUCACUCUGGUGGGAAAUUUGGGUCUGAUAGCAUUGGUCAUCAGUGAUAUCCGGCUCCACAAACCCAUGUACUAUUUUCUCAGUGUGCUAUCAUUCUUGGAUGCCUGCUACUCCACAGUUGUCACCCCCAAAAUGUUGGUCAAUUUUCUGACAAAGGAUAAAACCAUUUCACUUCCUGCAUGUGCAGCACAGAUGCUUCUCUUUGUUAUUUUUGGGACCACGGAAUCAUUUCUCUUGGCAGCAAUGGCUUAUGACCGCUAUGUGGCCAUCUACAACCCCCUGCUGUAUUCAGUAAGGAUGUCACCCAGAGUCUAUGUUCCACUCAUCAUUGCUUCCUAUGUUGGUGGCACUUUAAAUGCCAUGGUACAUACUGUGGCCACGUUUAGGCUGUCCUUCUGUGGAUCCAAUGUAAUUAGGCACGUGUUCUGUGAUAUCCCUCCUCUCCUCGCUAUCUCCUGUUCUGAUACUCACACAAACCAGCUUCUACUCUUCCUCUUUGUUAGCUUCAUUGAGGGGGUCACCCUCCUGAUUGUCCUCAUCUCCUAUGGCUUCAUCCUCUUGGCCAUUCUGAGGAUGCAUUCUGCCCAAGGGAGGAGGAAAGUGUUCUCCACGUGUGGCUCCCACCUUACCGGAGUGUCCAUUUAUCAAGGGACAGUCCUCUUCAUGUACGUGAGACCAAGUUCCAGCUAUGCCUUGGAGCAUGACAUGGUGGUGUCCAUAUUUUACACCAUUGUGAUUCCCAUGCUGAAUCCCAUCAUCUACAGUUUGAGGAACAAAGAUGUCAAAGAGGCGAUGAGGAGGUUCUCUGAGAGAAAUUGGUGUGUAACUAAAGUGCAUUUUUAG